GCUGGAGCUUUCUCAGGCACCAGCCUCUCUCUACACACCUCUUAUCAUCGCCGAGAGAGCGGACUUCAACUCGAACCACUUCGUGCUUCCUCUUGAUUACAUUGCAUUGCAUCUUUUAUCAUACUUGUUGACACACCACAGUCCACGUACGCCAUGAGGUCCUCUCUGCUCGCUCUGCUGCUGCCCGCCGUCGCCUCGGCCCGCUACGUCGAGGCCGGCGAGGCCAACCGCGUCAUCCCCUACCCCAGCAACCUCGAGGCCCCCAAGGAGCACCUCAUCGAGCUGACUCCCGGCGAGACUCGAUGGGUGACUGAGGAGCAGAAAUGGGAGCUCCGAAGGGACGGCCAACGCUUCAUGGACAUUACUGACAACCGCGACCUCGGCUCUCUGCGCAUCGCCUCCAAGUCGAAGCCCGUCUUCCCGCACGACGUCACGCUGCAGAAGGAGGUCCGACCGCUGCUCAAGAACCUGUCCAAGGUCGGCAUGGAGGAUCACCUCAAGACCUUUACGAGCUUCCACACGCGCUACUACAAGUCCGACUACGGCCGCCAGUCGUCCGAGUGGCUGCUGCAGCAGGUCCAGGACACCAUCAAGGCCGCGGGCGCCGACAAGCACGGCGUCGAGGCCAAGCACUUCAAGCACUCUUGGGGCCAGAACUCCAUCAUCGCCACCAUUCCUGGCAAGUCCAACUCGACCGUCGUGGUCGGCGCACACCAGGACUCGAUCAACCUCUGGCUGCCGUCAAUUCUGCCGGCCCCCGGCGCCGAUGACGACGGGAGCGGCACCGUCACGAUCCUCGAGGCCCUUCGUGUCCUGCUGUCGUCCGAGGACGUCAUCAAGGGCAAGGCGGUCAACACAAUCGAGUUCCACUGGUACUCGGCCGAGGAGGGUGGGCUGCUAGGCAGCCAGGCCAUCUUCUCCGACUAUGAGAAGAAGGGCCGUGUCGUCAAGGCCAUGCUGCAGCAGGACAUGACUGGGUUUGCCCAGCGCACGAUUGACGCUGGCAAGCCCGAGAGUGUGGGUGUUAUCACCGACUAUGUCGACCCCGGGUUGACAGCCUUUAUCAAGAAGGUCAUUGAGGCUUACUGCGAAAUCCCCUGGGUCGAGACAAAGUGCGGCUACGCCUGCUCGGACCACGCCUCGGCCUCCAAGGCCGGCUACCCGUCGGCGUUUGUCAUCGAGUCCGAGUUCAAGGACUCGGACGACCACAUCCAUGGCACCGACGACCAGAUCAAGUACCUGUCGUUCGACCACAUGCUACAGCACGCCCGCAUGACGCUGGGUCUCGUGUACGAGCUCGCCUUUGCCGACUUUGCCAAGCUCGAGGGCGAGGCUGCGGGAGGUGUCGAAGUUGGUGAGCUGUAGAGCGGCUGCGCCGAAUGAGGUUUUCAAUGAGCGUUUGAGAUUGGGCCAUGGAUCAAGGUUCCGCGAGGGCGGGGAAAUUGGCAUAGCUUUGUGCAUUAUCAAUAACUACAGCAUGGUUUUAAGCAUCUAAUACUUGGUGCCGUGA